AUGACCUCACUAGACGCUUAUCUUCCGAUCUGCACCUCUUCCUUCUUUGGGCUCCGGGGGCUUAACGACCUUUUUUUCUGCUCUUGUCCUUCAGUCAACGAGGGCCUCAUCAUGCCUAGAACACUACCCUGGCAACGAGUCCCAACCGAGCCAGUCAAAAAAGAGGAAACUCCAAGAAAACGCGUCAAAACUGAGUCUGAGCUCGAUCGCGAUACUACUCCCAGAAAUCCUCUGGGCUCACCAGCAAAGCGCAAUUUCUUCAGAUCUUCUCAAUCCCCACCAACAAGCCCCGCGAAGCAAUGUCCUCCGGAAGAGUUUCUAAUACCAGGGCUUCAUCGCGAUGACAGAUGGGUCAUGGUCGAGGACGAGUUUUACGCGGUGGCGCAGACAUACACCCAACAUCUGCACUAUGCGGAGUAUGUCAGGCGAAGAAAGGAAGUCAAAGAGAACCAUGGGAUACCUGCAGAGGAUAUUGAGAGGCCUACAGACGAUCGCACUCCACUUCCGCAAAGAGUCGAAACGCAAAGAGAGCUUAACACUCUCCGGGAGCGACAAACAUCCGGGCUCGCACACCUGGUCGAGGAGAGGUCAAACGAAGUUGAGGGAGAUGAUGAUGAAUUAUGGGUUGGCACACACCUGCAUGGCUUUAUGUCAAGUCCACGCAAAUCGCGCUCUCUGGCCGGUCAUCAAAUCCCCAAGUCAUCUACUCGAGCCGCGGCAGGAUUUGGGCAGCUGCCUGUGGCGCGAGCCCGAGUCAACAGCAUCGGCAGCUUCACAUCGGAAAAGAAGCGCGCUGAUGUCGAGACGAUCGACCUAGACGAAGAAACGGCAUCGGGCUCUGAUGACGACCUGGACAAUAGGGGUCCCGCGCGCAUGGCACCACCGCCCAAAAGAGCUCAGUCCGUGAUGCAAUCCGGAGGCACACCUCGAGCCCGCUAUCAAUCAGAGCUACAAGUUACGCCUACGCCAAAGGUCAAGUCAUCACCAUCCAAUGCACGAUCCAGCCAAACGCCUGGAUUCAAAUCUAAAAUUCAAUCGCUUUUUGAUGACCUCGAUGACCUACCAGAGACACCUCAGACUAAUAAUAGAUUUCACGCCGAAGAAAACACCAAGACCCUGCGACCCGAGACAUGCAAAAGAAACAGUCUAGACCCAAAAAAGCCCGGACACAGCGAAGUGCCUAUAUUUCUGGGAUGA